AUAUGUAAGAGGGAUCAGCAAUGCAUCUCUCAUCAGAUAACUCAAAGAGUGAAAAAACAGACUUGAACUGAAAAGGGCAUUUUUGAACCCUUGCCAUCCUUCACCAUGCUGGACUUCCUAGCUGAAAAUAUCAUGGGCAGGGCAGUUCUGAGGAGGUGCUCUUGUGGAAAUGCAAUCAUUGCAGAAUUUCUGAGAAUGUCAGAAUUCAUUCCAAGUGUGUUCCGACUCAAAGACAAAGCUGACCCAACGAAAUAUUGUUUAUAUCAUAUUGAUUCAGCUAUUUCAAGAGUGGCAAAAUGUAUGAGCUUAGUUCAUCCUGGAAGCAUGCAAAAGAAGUACGAACCCCCUCCUACUCUUUCCAGCAUGAUGCUGCUUCUGGCCUUUUUGAAUGUUUCUGUAUGUCCCUAUAGCCUUUCUUUUCUACUGGUGCUCCAAUUUUUGUCUCCAAAGGCCAGCCGGUCUGCUGCUGUCACAGAACGUGUUCACACCCAGGUACAGCAGUUUCUUAAGGAAGGCUGCUUGAGAGAGGAACUGGUGCUGGACAACAUACCCAAGCUGCUGAACUGCUUAAGAGACUGCAAUGUGGCAAUCCGAUGGCUGAUGCUUCAUACGGCUGACUUGGGUUAUGAUCCAAAUAACAAGCGUCUUCGGCAGAUAAAGGACCAAGUCUUAACAGAUUCAAAGUACAAUCCCAAGAUACUUUUCCAGCUUCUACUGGAUACAGCACAAUUUGAAUUCAUAUUGAAAGAGAUGUUUAAGCAGAUGUUAUCGGAGAAGCAAGCAAAAUGGGAAAGCUACAGAAAAGAAGGAUCAGAAAGGAUGGCUGAACUGGCAGAUGUCUUUUCAGGUGUUAAGCCUCUAACAAGAGUAGAGAAAAAUGAAAAUCUUCAAGCUUGGUUCAGAGAAAUCUCUAAACAAAUAAUGUCUCUAAAUUAUGAAGACUCCACUGCUGCAGGCAGGAAGACAGUGCAACUAAUACAAGCUUUGGAAGAGGUUCAAGAAUUUCACCAACUGGAGUCCAACCUGCAAGUUUGUCAGUUUCUUGCUGAUUCUCGGAAGUUUCUUCAUCAAAUGAUCCGCACCAUCAACAUUAAGGAAGAGGUUUUGAUCACCAUGCAGAUUGUUGGUGAUCUUUCCUAUGCCUGGCAGCUAAUCGACAGUUUCACAUCUAUCAUGCAGGAAAGUAUCAGGGCUAAUCCAUCUAUGGUAACCAAACUCAGAGCCACAUUUUUAAAGCUGGCUUCAGCUCUCGAUAUGCCACUGCUUCGUAUCAAUCAAGCAAACAGCCCUGAUCUUCUCAGUGUAUCACAGUAUUAUUCUGGAGAACUGGUGUCCUAUGUGAGAAAGGUUUUGCAGAUCAUCCCAGAAAGCAUGUUUACCUCCCUCCUUAAGAUUAUAAAGCUGCAGACACAUGACAUCAUUGAAGUUCCUACUCGCCUGGACAAAGACAAACUGCGGGAUUAUGCCCAGCUUGGGCCACGAUAUGAGGUUGCUAAGCUAACCCAUGCCAUUUCAAUUUUCACGGAGGGCAUCCUGAUGAUGAAAACAACACUGGUCGGGAUCAUUAAGGUGGAUCCAAAGCAGCUACUAGAAGAUGGAAUAAGGAAGGAGUUGGUGAAACGUGUGGCUCUGGCUCUGCACAGAGGACUCACCUUCAAAACUACUCUUGAUCCCAGUGAACUCAUGCCCAAGUUAAAAGACAUGGCAGCAACCAUGGAUGGAUUCCAUCGUUCCUUCGAGUACAUCCAGGAUUAUGUCAACAUAUAUGGUUUAAAAAUCUGGCAAGAAGAAGUGUCACGAAUUAUCAAUUACAAUGUGGAGCAGGAGUGCAAUAACUUCUUAAGGACAAAGAUUCAAGAUUGGCAAAGUAUAUACCAGUCCACCCAUAUCCCAAUACCAAAAUUUGCACCAGUGGAUGAAUCUGUUACAUUUAUUGGUCGUCUCUGCCGAGAGAUUCUGAGGAUCACUGACCCAAAAGUUGCAUGUUAUAUUGACCAACUGAAUACCUGGUAUGAUAUGAAAACGCAUCAAGAAGUAUCCAGCAGCCGCCUCUUUUCUGAGAUCCAGGACACUUUGGGCACCUUUGGCCUGAAUGGUUUAGACAGGCUUCUCUGCUUCAUGAUUGUGAAGGAACUUCAGGUAUGUGGUAUUUGUAAUGCAGAAGUCUCUUGCAGUUGUCUGUCAGUGGGAGAUUGGGAUGAUAAAUGUCAUUCCCAAAGUGGUUACUUUUCCAAGCUGAGAAAAUUUGUUCUGUUUUGUUUUCCUUCAGGGAUGGUUUGCAAGAAGCCAGCAGAUCCCAUUGACUGGCCUCCUCUGGUGCUCGGACUACUCACUCUGCUGAAACAGUUCCAUUCGCGAUACACUGAGCAGUUUCUGGCUCUGAUUGGCCAGUUUAUUCGUUCAACAAUGGAACAGUGCACAAGCCAGAAGGUCCCAGAAAUGCCAGCAGAUGUUGUGGGUGCCCUGCUUUUCUUAGAAGACUAUGUUCGUUAUACAAAGCUACCACGAAGGGUUGUCGAAGCCCAUGUACCUAAUUUCAUUUUUGAUGAAUUCCGAACAGUUAUCUAAACUCCCAAGGAAUCCAUGACCCUAGCUGGAAGUAGAGGAACAAGAGUUGAAAGAGAACAUAAAAAUCAAGAAAGAAGCUAGCACUUCACAACUUCUGACUAGCAGAGAAUACAUAUUGGUGCAUGAACAUAGCAUAAUUGACACUAACCUCUUGCAGCUAACCCUGCUGCAAAAUUAUGCUAUUUUCCCCAGUUGAGUACUUGAUACUAGCAAUUUCUGUUUAACCCGUAAAGUUAUACAUAAUCUUUCAUGUACAAAAAUUUAUCUUUAUGUUCUUAAGAGAGCAAUAUGUGGACAUAAAAUAGCAUUUUUGUAUAGGAAUAAAUAUGAUACUAAAAUGAGAA